GGAACAGACAGGCAGACACGAAGCAGACAAUCAAUCGCUCCUCAUCAGCUAUGCGUCUCCAGAUUCUUGCCGGCGCUCUGGCGCUCGCCGGGCCUUCGGCAGCCUUUUCGGAUUCCUCUCCUCUGAUUCUGCUUUCCACCUCUUCGACUCCCGUUACUCACGCCUCCAACCAUUUCCAAACGAGCCCCGGCGCGAUGGCGGGUGCGAAAUCAAUCCUCGCAGCAUGCCCGAGCAAGCGAUACCUGUUCGUCUCUCAGCCGGGUAUCAAUUCCGUUGAGCUCAGUGGCUCCGCGUCCAGCGACUGCGCGAUGCCACAUCUCUGCCAGGUUGCCAGCAACGACUUGAGCAUCCAGACCAAGUUUAUCGUGCCUGAGGUUGUGGGCCCCUUAACCAACGCUGGCCUGGCCGAUUUAGUCAAGAUGGCGUGCGGUGAGAAGUAUCAGGACAUCACCGUCGAGGAGCUCACUCUGCCGCCUCUGACCUCAGACCGGGCUGGCUCCCUGGCUGACAGUGACGCAAUCCUCUCCAAGAGCCUCGAUAAGCUCACGUCCAGCGACUCCUACACCAUCCUGUUUGUCGGCACCCCCGGCGAGCAGACCUACGACCCCGAGUUCGAUGACCGCCUACGCAUGGAGCUCAAGCGAGAUGUCAGCAGCUCAGGCAACGAAUCUAAACGCGAUACCCGCCCUCUGUUCGAGAAAUAUCAGUUCUUCACUCCUGGCAUCUUCAUGGCCAUCAUCACCGCGAUUGUCCUGUUCUCGAUCCUGCUCGUUGGCCUCAGGGCCCUCGCUAGCCUCGAGGUGUCUUACGGUGCCUUUGACAAGGACAUGAGCCCCGCUGCCCAGAAGAAGCAGUAAUUGCUCAAUGCAGUAGCUACAGGCUGUGGAAUGUGUUGUCAUGGACGUCCCCUCCUAUGGGGACGGUAUUGUACAUCAGAUACGGAGUUUAUGGGUUUCUUUGGUGUGACUUGAUCGGAGGUAAGAUCUGUUCAGCAUGUUUGCGGCAGCGGCAGGGUAGAAGCAGAAUAAGGACGGAUUCCCAAUCACGAAGCCUCACUCGGCCUUGGAUCGGAUCAACGGGUUAUUCUAUCCAAGCAUGCAUGAAUCGAAGCUGUAAUAAAG